CUUUUCGUUUUUUUUCGCUCUCUCGCUCGCAACCUUUUUUUCAAUCUCCGUUCCAUCGUUGACCCACCGCUCAUCGCCGCCUCCCUCGAUUCAGAGCUCUCAUCCGCCGCUCCGGUCAAGAGUUUUCUCCCCGCCGGAAGGGGUUUUAGCAAGACAAACCUCACCGGAAAGAAUCUGCGGAAAGAGGAGGAGAAAAUUGAGAUUCAGACGCAAAAGCCGCGAAUCACGCUGGUUAUGAGUGGUUGGAUCUGUUUUGGAUGGCAUUUGAAGUUUUGUGAAUUGUGAUUGGUAGUUAAGUUCAGUGAGAUUGUGUUGGGAGAAGAAGUGAAAGUUUAGAGAAAAUUGUUGUUGGAUCAUAGUGAAAGGCUUGAGAUUGUGUGAAAUGGAUAAUUCGAAUAGGCAGAUGGGUAGACAUCCAGAUACUUUGGGGGUGAAUAAGAUGGGGAAGAAUAUAAAGAAGAGUCCGAUACACCAACCGAAUUUCAGCAAUGCUAACGUUGGGGGUGCGGGAGGUGCUAGGCCUCAACCUCAACCGCAGGUCUACAAUAUAAACAAGAACGAUUUCCGGAGCAUAGUUCAGCAGCUGACAGGCUCGCCUUUGCGUGAGCCUGCUCCUAGGCCACCGAAUGCUCCCAAACCGCAAAAUACUAGGUUGCAAAAGAUUAAGCCUCCUCCCUUGACACCAAUAAACCGUCCUCAACUUCCCAUCCGCCCUCCGCCUCAGAUGGUGGGUCCACCCCAGGGUCCCACGAAUGUUCCGUAUAAUAAUAGCUUUGCUAGACCUCCUCCCCCGCCUCCUCAGUAUGGUCAGCCCCCGUCCCCUGUGUUGCCGCCUUUUACUCCUACUGAUAUUUGGGCGAAUACGGCUGAGUCUCCCAUUUCAGCCUAUAUGCGGUACUUGCAAACUUCAAUUGUGGAUUCAGGCCCUAGACAACAAACACACUUACCAGGACAGCCAAAUUUUCAACCACAAGGGCCUAUGCACGGUCAACCACACCCGCCACCAUCCGGUUUACUUCCUAACCCUCCUGUCCCGCCCAUUCCAUCGCCUCGAUAUGGCCUUCCAUCCCCACGGAUGAAUGCUGCUGCUCCUCCAUUUCCGUCUCCCCGGAUGAAUGGCGCUCCAUCCCCUCUUCCCUCCCCGGGAAUAAACGGUCCUCCUUUUUUGCCUUCCCCUACUUCUCAGUUCCUUUUGCCUUCGCCUUCCGGGUUCUUGAAUUUGUUGUCUCCACACUCAUCAUACCCACUGCUUUCCCCGGGUAUGCAGCAGCCCCCACCACUGUCGCCUAAUUUCUCCUUUUCUCCUAUCGGUCAGCCAGGUAUUCUUGGUCCCGGGCCUCAUCCUCCUCCGUCUCCUGGCUACGGAUUCCCAUUGUCCCCGUCCGGAUUCUUCCCCAUUACAAGCCCUAGAUGGAGGGCUUAAUAGUCCUAGGAGCAAAAGCUACUGACUCCCCUCGGGUUCUUGCACAAAUGCACAUCACAUCCUCUCCAAUCACUUUUGGAGUUCAUCGCAGCUAAGCCUGUCUUCUAUGUUGCCGAGAAUUCAGUGUCUUCUCCUAUGGAGAUUCAUACCCUAAAAUGUAAGAUCUUCUUCGAAAUAUGUAUUUUGUUUUCAUUUGCUGUUUGUAUCUGUUCUGUCAAUACUCAUUUCACAUCUUAGACGUAGAUUUCCUAGCAGUAGCCAAUGUAACCAGUUUAUUUCCGGCUCACACAUGUUAGGUGGCGAGUUAGUUAAACAACUCUUCCAAACAACAAGCGUGGCCUGUAACUUGUAAGGAUGUAGGUUACUGAAAUUUAUAGAUGUAAACGUUUUUUUUUAUAUUCUUUUAACUUGGUUGAAACCACAUCAUCUUAUAAAUGUGCACUUUUUAUCAA